UAGCGCUUAGUUUUCCCCUCUAAAUACUAAACUUUCUAUUCAUAUCAUUCUAAAUCCUUGAGUCAGUAAUGCACAUUCAACAUGUGUAUAAUCAUAACAUUUUGAUUGACAAGAGUAUCACACUGUUGAUACUGGUAUGUAGGGUUAUACUGGUAUCAACAAGCUUAAUUUCACUUCAGAGCUGUGAUGUGUGUGGUAUUUGUGUCCUUGUUUUGCCACUGAAUGCUCAGUAUUAGUGAUUUUUCUCUUCUAUAGCUCUCUCUACUCUCUAAUGCUCCUUUUCCAUGUGUUUCACACACACAUUUAACAUAUUUUCAAACACAAAGCCAAAUUUUUGUCAAUAUGAAGACCAGUUUAACCUCAAGCUUGAAGCCAGUUCUCAAAGUUAGCAAGCUGUUAAAGCUGAAGUGUGUAAUUCCUGCACCACUGAAUGAAAUCGCAAAAAUAAAUAUUGUUUUCAAAACAGCUUUUUCAAAUACGCUUCCAUCUGCUAUUGAUCGAAUAAACAGAUAGUCCCGACCCAACUCACUCCAUUGGUCGAGUCAGUGUUUUUGUCGGGCUGGACGAGCCGCUUAGAAUAAACAGAAAUUUUUAUAGUGCCACAGACAUGGUGUUUACAGUUUUCGAGAAAAUUAACCUAUGAAUUGUAUUAAUAGUUGUCUCUGCAUAUGAAACUGUAAUAGCAGAAAGUAUUUUAACACUGAAAAGGUUACACACUUCAGCUUUAACCAGGGUAUAGGCCAGUGUCAGAAAUGUUCCAUUAAAGCUAAAGUGUGUAAUUCCUGCGCCACCAAACGAAAUUGCAAAAAUAAACAAUGUUUUCGAAUACGCCCCGUCUGCUGUUGAUCGAGCAAUCAGAUAGUCCAGCCCCCAACUCACGCCAUUGGUUGAGGCAAUGUAAUUGUGUUUGUAUGGAUGGGUCGUUCAAAACAAGCAUAGGAAUUUUUGAUAGCGCCACAGAGACACAGUGUUUGUAGUUUUUGAGACAAGCUACAUAUGGCUCACAGUUGUCUCUGCAUAUUAAACUGGGAUAAGAGAAAGUAUUUUAACACAGAAAAAGUUACACACUUUAGCUUAAAGUAAAAUUUGAGUUUCUUUUCAGGGGCCUCUUUUUCUUACCAUAAAGUGUACUAUGUUUCAUCCUUUCGUAUCAAGUACUUCAUUAACAUAUAUUAACAAAUUCAAUUCAAUAACAUAAAUUAUCAAACUGAAUAAUCAGAUGGAGAAUUUAUGAAUUAUUGUUUUCCUGUAAAAUAAAAACAUUUAACAUCUCACAUUUUAUGCAAUAAUAUGUUUAAUUAGAACAUAAUAUUAAUGUUUUUUACAUUUUUGUUUUUAGGGGCAUUUUUGCCCCAAGUCCCCAUUAAUUUCUGUCCUUGUUUAGACUAAUUUUAAAUAUAACUAUAUUGAAAAGUUUGUGGACAAACUUUAGCUUGGCUUGAAAAAGCCUAGUCUGAAGUUUAUAGGUAGAUACAUAGAUAGAUAGAUAGGUAGAUAGAUUAGCUUGGUGUUGUUAAUAUAUUUUAGCAUGUUGCUAACAUGUAUUAGCACUUAGCUAAGCAAUGUUUGCAUAAUUUAAUAUGAUGGUAGCAAGUUUUAUCACUUAGCUAGGCGUUGCUAGCAUGUUUUAGCACUUAGCUAGGUGUUUCUAGCGUGUUUUAGCAUGUUGCUAGCAUGUUGCUUUUAUGUUUUAGCACUUAGCUAGGCAUUGCUAGCAUAUUUUAGCACUUAGCUAGGUGUUGCUAGUGUGAUUUAGCAUGUCGCUAGAAUGUUGCUAGCAUGUUUUAGCACUUAGCUAGGCAUUGCUAACAUGUUUUAGCACUAAGCUAGGUGUUGCUAGCAUGUUUUAGCACUUAGCUAGGCAUUGCAAACAUGUUUUUGCAUGUUACUAGCAUUUUUCAAGCCAACCUAAUAAUAAUCUUCUAGCUGGGCCUUAUCUCUUGUAGACAAUACCAACAUUUUUCUGAAAUAACUCUGCUCUGUAUACGGUCUAUGUAGAUUUUGUAAACAUCCACUGUAACCAGAGCAGGGAAUAUGGUGAAACUUGUCUAAUGUGUGUUGGAAGACUGUUCUGUUUAAGGUCUGUUAUGUAGUUUGAACAGAUUUGGAGAGGAUGGUUUGAACAUGUGGUGAAUGUGAUCGUGGCAUGUGAGAAUGUGAUUGCUCACUGUUUCUUACACAAAACACUUAGUCAUAUUUGAGGUUUGAUUUAAAUGGUCAUUUGAUGGAACAGAGAAGUGCACACAUUCAUUCAUUUGCAGUUUUGGAUUUGUAGGUUUCAUAAAAGUGCUCUAAUAGUGUUUAAUCUGUGUUAAACAGGCUUUAUCCUUUGUCCUAAUUUGUUCUUGUGAGUGUUUGUAACAUUUUAUUGGAAUUGCAAAGAUAUCUGAAACCUGUUUUAAAAAUGGCCAUUUAAAUUGAACCAAAAGUACAACAAUGUUACUUUUGUAUUCUCUGUUUCUCUGAAAAUAUCAAACAUAUUAAACAUUUAUGAUUAAUGUUUGUUAGAUCUUUGUUAUAAUGAAAAAGUUGGGGUUUUUUUGCUUUGGAAACUGCUAAUCAGAUAAGACCAGCCCUCAUACUCAUAGCUUGAAAAAUUAGCUAAAGUCCUCAAAGUUGAUUUAAAAUGAUAGUUACUUAUGACUUUCUUUCUUCCAUGCACUACAAAGGACAAGUUAGGCAGAAUGUUAGGAACCGACAGCCUCAGUCACCAUUUACUUUCAUUGAAUGGUAAAAAGAUUCUAUGAAAGUGAAUGGGGACCAAGGCUGUCAGUCCCUAACAUAUGGGUUUGGAUUGGAACAACAUGAGGGUGAGUAAAAGAUGACCAAAUUUUUAUUUUUGGGUGAGCUAACCCUUUGAAUAUAGAAAUUGACAUAUAGUACUUUUAUAGAAAAUUUCACCAUUUUGAAGUACAUUUCAGAGUAAGAGGGCUGAUCUUGGAUCUUUUCCCCAAGAAAUAACUUGCAGGAUAAGAAAGGGAAAAAUGUAUCCUGGAUCAGUGAUUUUAUUCCUCGGAGCUUUGUGUGUGUGUGUGUGUGUGUGGGUCAGAGCGAUGUGGCCCAGGUGGGCUGGGAUGUGCAUUACUGUACUGUGUGUGUUUCAGGACUGGGAGGCAGAAAGUCAUGACUGGUACUGCUUUGAGUGCCAUCUGCCCGGAGACGUGAUGGAAUGUGACGGCUGUUUCCGUGUCUACCACCUUCGGUGUGUGUCUGAAGACCACCGGCCACGGGACACCACCUCCCACUGGCAGUGCGGUAUCUGCAGGGUGGGGCAGUAAAAGGAAGAAUUUGAACAAACAGGAAAUGACAACAUGCCUGAAGUUCAUUCUUGGCCGCAUGAAGGAAAGGGCUGUUGACCUGCAGAAGAGAGGCAAAGAGUCCAAGCAGCCCGUGUACAAAAGACUCAUCCACACACCUCUGGAUGUGGAUAAUAUACAAGAGAACAUCUCAGAGGGGAAAUAUAAGAGUUUUGAGGAGUUCAGGGCUGAUGCUCAGCUUAUAGUUCACAACACAGCCAUUCUGCAUGGAGUGAACAGUGAUCAGACCGAAAUUGCCAGACUUCUCUAUAAUGACACAUGCCAUGAGCUGAAUGAACUACUGUUGUGCAGAAACUGCUUCUAUCUUUCAAAUGCACGACCCGACAACUGGUUCUGUUAUCCAUGUAGUCCGAAUCAUGAGCUGGUGUGGGCCAGGAUGAAGGGGUUUGGUUACUGGCCUGCCAAGGUGAUGCAGAGGGAGGGUAACCAGGUGGAUGUGCGGUUUUUUGGUCACCAGCACCAAAGGGCAUGGAUUCCUUCUGACAACAUCCAGGAGAUCUCUGUGAGUGUGCAGCAGCUGCAGGUGAAGCGGAGCGCCGGGUGGAAGAAGGCGUGUGAUGAGCUGGAGCUCCACCAGCGAUACCUGAGAGAAGGACGCACCUGGAAGGGCAAGCUGGAAGAAAAGCAUGACCGGUCGGAGAGGCAUGAUAGACAGGAAGACAGACAGGAGGAGGCGGAGUCUAGCAUCUCCUCUACAUCCAAUGAGCAGUCGAAAGUCAACCAAGAGCCUAAAGCAAAAAAGAGCCGCCGUUCCCAAGUCGCUGAGGCCAAAGAAGAGGAACCUGAGCCUGAGAUGGAGGCCGUCAGCUCCAGUCAAGAGAUCCCGACAGCUUUUCCCCAUCAGCCAGAGCGUAUGUCCGUCUCCACCCAGACCAAGAAAUCUGCCUCAUCUUCCUCUUCUUCCUCGCCAACCCCCCGCAUGGUACACAGAGGCACACAGACAGUCAAUGAGGGCAACUGUCAAAACAUGUGCCACGACAAAUACACCAAGAUCUUCAGUGACGUUAAAGAAAUGAUGAAGGCUGAGAAUAAACGGGAGACCGAACGUGUUCUCAAAGAGGCUCUGGACAAGUUGCGAGGGGAGAUGGAGGAAGAGAAGAGGCAGGCGGUGAGCAAAGCGGUGUCCAGCACACAGGCUGAGAUGGAGAGAAAGUGUAAACAGGUGAAGGAGAAGUGCAAAGAGGAGCUCAUGGAGGAGAUGAAGAAGAUGGUGGCUCAGCAUAAACAACUGAUUUCCCAGACCAAGAAGAAGCAGUGGUGUUAUAACUGUGAAGAGGAGGCGAUGUACCACUGCUGCUGGAACACGUCCUACUGCUCCAUCAAAUGCCAGCAGGAGCAUUGGCACGCCGACCACAAACGUACCUGUCGCCGGAAGAGAUGAGAUGCACCAACUACGCCAACCCUCUCGAGCCACGCUAUUGGAUAGAUCUAUCUUAAAAUCUCACCACCUUGCCCCUGCCUGAGGAUUCUUUGUUUUAAGCCAGCAUUUUAAACCCCAGCUCUCUAGAACACUUUUACUGGGACAUUUUACUGAGUUGCGGUGAAUGCUAAUAGGGCAGUGAGUGUGGGAUGUCAUGAUCCUCCUGGAAAUGUUUUUAUGUUUUGGAAUUUCUGGUAUCACUUUGCAUAUCCCUUUUGUUUUUAAAUCUUUUAUUUGCUGUACAGUGGACAACAACUUUGCUUGCAUACAGACUAGCUGAAUGUGAAGUACUAGUACUCUUUUUUUUUUUUAAACCUCUUAAUCACGAGCUAUGUAGAUAUUUGACUUUUUAUAAUGUGAGAAUCAUGUCCGCCGCAUACAUUAAGUGAAGUUGGUGCUUUUGAACUCGACGGUUGGUUUUUAUCAGUGGUUGUGAUGUGUCAAUAUUUUGGGAACAGGGUUUAAAGAUGGCAGGUCACAUCUGUCUGAAUGAUACAAUCUUCCAUUAAUGAAUAUGCAUAUAUUGUGGUUACACUUUUAAAUAGACCUUUAAAUUUGUAACAAGAAAACUAAAUUAUGUGCGAAUUUUGGGUCCAUUUAUGUAGCUUAAGUGUACUAAAUCUUUGCCAACUGGGAUCUUUAGUGAGGUUUAUACGUGUCUAACUUAAUCCAGUUUUAGUGUGGGCAUAUUUGCUUGUACGAACUGUUACCAUGUCCUCCCAGACAGAAAGAACAUUAUCUGUUGAUUCCAGGUGAUUAAGAUCCCAUUAAAUUGCAAAUUUUAAUCAAGAAUGAAGACUGUAUAGAGAUCAGAGUAAAUGAAACAAUCAGAAAUUAUUGCUAAGGGGUUACCCAGGGAUUUAUAAUUGAGAAUUACCAUUCUCCUGCACUUUGUGACCUGAGGGAGAUGUUAAAGAGAGCGUUCACCCUAAAAGGAAAAUUCUGUCAUUAUUUACUAACCUUCAUGUCGUUCUGACUUUUCUUCCGUGGAACACGAACUACUUUUAGUACUGUGUUACCAAAGUCAUAUGGGUUUGGAAUUAUAUGAUGUUGAGUAAAUGAUGCCAGAAUAUUCCUUUUUGGGUAAACGAUCCCUUUAAAUCGUUAAAAUACUUACUGCAAUAACCAAUUUUUUGUACAAAUGAAAAGAUCUAUCUAUAGAGAGUUUUUGAGGAGGUUAUUUGUCUAUUUAGAACAGGAGAACCAAUCAGCUGAAGGAUAUAGGUGACAUGCAAAAAUAUGUUUUGCACAGACCCCUGGAUGUACACCGAUCAGCCACAACAUUAAAACCACCUGCCUAAUAUUGUGCAAGUCCCCCUCGUGCUGCCAAAACGGCGCCAACCCGCAUCUCGGAAUGCUGUUCUUCUCACCACAAUUGUACAGAGCGGUUAUCUGAGUUACCGUAGACUUUGUCAGUUCGAACCAGUCUGGCCAUUCUCUGUUGACCUCUCUCAUCAACAAGGCAUUUCUGUCUGCAGAACUGCCCCUCACUGGAUGUUUUUUGUUUUUGGCACCAUUCGGGGUAAAUUCUAGAGACUGUUUGAAAGUGUGUGAAAAUCCCAGGAGAUCAGCAGUUAUAGAAAUACUCAAAUCAGCAUGUCUGGCACCAACAAUCAUGCCACAGUCCAAAUCACUGAGAUCACAUUUUUCCCCCAUUCUGAUGGUUGAUGUGAACAUUAACUGAAGCUCCUGACCCGUAUCUGCAUGGUUUUAUGCACUGUACUGCUGCCACACAAUUGGCUGACUAGAUAAUCGCAUGGAUAAUUGUUGGUGCCAGACUGGCUGGUUUGAGUAUUUCUGUAACUGCUGGUGGGACCUACACAAUAUUAGGCGGGUGGUUUUAAUGUUGUGGCUGAUCAGUGGAUGUGCACCUAUAUUCUGUUUCUAAAGUUCUAGAUGCAUUUUAAAUCAUGGUUUUUGUUUUGCCCCCUCUCUAUCUCUUCCCCUUCCCAACCCAACUGUUGCACUACAUGUAAAUAACUGUUUGCCGCUAACCGUGACUGAUGAUGUUUGCACGUUGGCAAAUGUACAUUUCUGAAUGCAUUAACUAUGUAUUUGAUAAAAAGUCGAUCUGUAAAGGAAAAAAAAAAAAAAGUAUUUGUGAUAUAACUGUAAUAUGUUCCAUUCCAGUAUGCAUGAAACCAGGUUGCGUGUUCCUUAUUUUCGGCUCUACGUUAAUCUCCAUUCUUGUGUGUCAUCGGUGAUACAGUACGUCUACUUUUGAUUUUCUAGGGUAAUUCGACACCACUUUGUAACUGCAAGUUAACCCUUUUUUAAAAUGUAUUUUUUAACUUCUAUUUAUGCAGACAGAGUAAUGACUACUGAGAAUUUCCGACACCUGGCGAGAAGCCUGCUAUACGAACACCUGUCUUUCAUGUGCAUACAAAUUAAUGUGGUGUAAACGUUCCCCCCCCUCUGACAUCACUGAUGUCCCUCUUGCAUUACAUUAUGUAACAUUACUAUGUAUAAAUAAACAUAUCAACUGGUGGUAGAUUUGCAUGUUUUUUAUUUUUUUUUUUAUUUUUACUUGUGAACAUGUAUUUAAAGGAAUAUUAUGGGUUAAAUCAGGGGUAUCAAACUCAUUUUGGGUCACGGGCCAGAUUGGACCAAGAAACAUUACUUGGGGGAUGAAGUUUAUAUUUAUAAAUAACAUACACUGAGUUACCGUAGACUUUGUCAGUUCGAACCAGUCUUUUCAUUCUCUGUUGACCUCUCUCAUCAACAAGGCGUUUCUGUCCACAGAACUGCUGCUCACUGUCAAAGAUGAUGUCAAUACAAGUUAAGCUAAAUCAACAGCAUUUGUGGCACAAUGUUAAUUACCACAAAAAAUUAUUUCUACUUGUCCCUCCUUUAAAAAAGCAAAAAUUGAAGUUAUAGUGAGGCACUUUCAAUUGAAGUGAAUUUUAAAGGGGUUUAAAGGCAAAAAGGUAAAGUUUUUAAUUUAUAAAAUCACAUAUUCUUCUGUUAAAACUUGGGUAUUAUUUGAGCAGUAAAGUUGUUUAAAUCACCGUUUUAGGUUCACAAUAGUACGUCAUCAUGGCAAUAAAGUUGAAAAAUUUGGUUAGUAAUUUAUCACACUAAAAUCAUGCUAACAUGCUUAUUGUUUACGUCUUGUUGCUAUGCUUUUGAAACAGUAUUUUAAUGUUUACAGAUUGGCCCCAUUCACUUCCAUUGUAAGUACAUCACUGUAACCUAGAUUUUUGCUUUUUCGAAAGAAAAGGAGGGACGAGUCUAAAAUAAUUUUUGUGUUAAUCAACAUUAUGCCAGAAAUGUUGUCAAUUGAGCUUAACCUGGAAUAUUCCUUCAAACGUGACAUAUUAAGGUAAAAAAAUAAAACAAAAGAAAUGACACUGUGGGGCUCUUGCAAAUUUAACAACCACAGAUUAUCAAUCAAAGCACUUUAUUGCACCAUAUUUUGUGAAGGUAGGCCAAAGCAGGCUUCUAUAAAAGUGUAAUUUAAUACUUUUAAUCAUGUGUACAAAACAGAAUUUCAAACACACCUGCACCAUACAAAAUAAAUUUUGUUUUUUUGUCUUUUUUUCUCUAACCAACAAUA